ACAGGAAGAUUUAAAAUGUAUUGUAAAUAUUGUGAUACAGUUAUCAAUAAACUAAUGUUAUUGGGGUUUUUUCAGGGUUUUGACCCACCACAUCAGAGUGAUAAUCGAACUAUUUAUAUUGCAAAUCGUUUCCCCCAGCAUGGCCAUUAUGUUCCGCAGAAGUUUGCAGAAAACAGAAUAAUCUCCUCUAAGUAUACAGUGUGGAAUUUUGUGCCCAAAAAUUUAUUUGAGCAGUUUAGAAGAGUAGCCAAUUUUUAUUUUCUUAUAAUAUUUUUGGUUCAGCUUAUGAUAGAUACUCCUACCAGUCCAGUUACAAGUGGAUUGCCAUUGUUUUUUGUUAUAACUGUGACAGCCAUAAAGCAGGGUUAUGAAGAUUGGUUACGGCACAAAGCAGACAAUGAAGUGAAUGGAGCUCCAGUUUAUGUUGUUCGCAGUGGUGGCCUUGUAAAAACAAGAUCAAAGAACAUCCGGGUAGGAGAUAUUGUGAGAGUAGCCAAAGAUGAAACUUUCCCUGCUGAUCUUGUACUUCUGUCAUCUGAUAGAGAACAUGGCUGUUGCUAUGUUACUACUGCAAGUUUGGAUGGAGAAACUAAUCUUAAGACACACAUUGCAGUCCCAGAAACUGCAGUGUUGCAGUCAGUUGCCAAUCUGGACAAACUUGUAGCUGUUAUUGAAUGCCAGCAACCAGAAGCAGAUCUUUACAGAUUUGUUGGGCGUAUAACCAUAAGUCAACAAAUUGAGGAAAUAGUACGACCACUUGGACCCGAAAGUCUUCUACUUCGUGGAGCAAGGUUGAAAAACACUAAAGAAAUUUUUGGUGUUGCUGUGUAUACAGGAAUGGAAACAAAGAUGGCAUUGAAUUAUAAGAGCAAAUCACAGAAACGAUCAGCAGUAGAGAAGUCUAUGAAUUCUUUUUUGAUUAUCUAUCUAAUAAUCCUCCUUUUUGAAGCUGUCUUAAGUACAAUAUUGAAAUAUGCCUGGCAGUCUGAAGAGAAGUGGAAUGAACCUUGGUAUAACCAGCAAACUGAUCAUGAAAGAAACAGCAGUAAGAUCUUGAGCUUCAUUUCAGAUUUUCUUGCUUUCCUGGUGCUGUACAACUUUAUUAUACCCAUUUCACUUUAUGUGACUGUUGAGAUGCAGAAAUUUCUUGGGUCUUUUUUUAUUGGUUGGGACCUUGACCUCUAUCAUGAAGAAACAAAUGAAAAGGCCCAAGUGAAUACUUCAGACCUCAAUGAAGAACUGGGACAGGUGGAGUAUGUAUUUACAGAUAAAACUGGUACAUUAACAGAAAAUGUGAUGCAGUUUCGGGAGUGUUCCAUUAAUGGUCUCAAAUACCAAGAAAUCAAUGGCAGAUUAGUUCCCGAAGGGUUGAUAGAAGACUUUCCAGAUGGAGUACAGCCCAGUCUUACACAUGAGGAAGAACUCUUCCUGAAAGCUCUUUGUCUCUGUCAUACAGUGCAGAUUAAUAAUGACCAAACUGAUGGCAUUUGUGACAGCCCAUGGCGUAGCAAUGGUCUACCAUCUCAGUUGGAGUAUUAUGCCUCCUCCCCAGAUGAAAAAGCUCUAGUUGAAGCUGCUCGCAGGGUUGGCGUUGUGUUUACUGGGGCAAGUGCAGAAAGCAUGGAGCUUAAAAGCUGCGGAAAGCCAGAAAGGUAUAAAUUACUAUAUGUACUGGACUUUGAUGCCAAUCGUAGGAGAAUGAGUGUGAUUGUAGAAAGUCCAUCAGGUGAAAAACUCUUAUUUACCAAAGGAGCAGAAUCUGCUAUUCUUCCUUGCAGUAAAAGUGGUGAGGUAGAAAAAACAAGAAUUCAUGUGGAUGAAUUUGCAUUGAAAGGAUUAAGAACUCUUUGUGUAGCUUACAGAAAAUUCACAGAUGAGGAGUAUAAAGAAGUGGAGAAACGUCUUUUUGAAGCAAAAACUGCCUUACAGCAACGAGAAGAACAGUUGGCAGAUGUAUAUAACUUUAUUGAAAAAGACUUGGAAUUACUUGGAGCUACAGGAGUAGAAGACAAGCUGCAAGAUAAAGUCCAGGAAACCAUAGAAGCUCUCCGACUGGCAGGUAUUAAAGUGUGGGUGCUUACUGGAGACAAGCAUGAAACAGCAGUAAGCGUUAGCUUAUCAUGUGGACACUUCCACAGAACCAUGAAUAUCCUGGAAUUAGUGCAGCACAAAUCAGACAGUACAUGUGCGGAGCAAUUGAGACAACUAGCCAAGAGAAUAAAAGAUGACCACGUAAUCCAGCACGGGCUGGUAGUGGAUGGAACCAGUCUCUCCCUUGCCCUCAGGCAACACGAGAAACUCUUCAUGGAGGUCUGCAGAAAUUGCUCUGCUGUGCUGUGCUGUCGCAUGGCACCUCUGCAGAAAGCAAAGGUUGUUCGGCUGCUGAAAACAUCUCCAGAGAAGCCUAUCACAUUAGCUAUCGGAGAUGGAGCUAAUGAUGUGAGCAUGAUACAAGAAGCUCAUGUUGGCAUAGGUAUCAUGGGCAAAGAAGGCAGACAAGCUGUAAGAAACAGUGACUAUGCAAUAGCAAGAUUUAAAUUCCUCUCUAAGUUGCUUUUUGUCCAUGGCCACCUUUACUAUAUUAGGGUAGCGACCCUUGUACAGUACUUUUUUUACAAGAAUGUGUGUUUUAUUACACCACAGUUUUUAUAUCAAUUCUUCUGUUUGUUUUCACAACAAACUCUGUACGACAGCGUGUACCUAACUUUGUACAACAUUUGUUUCACUUCCCUGCCAAUCCUUAUGUAUAGUCUUUUUGAACAGCACGUACAUCCUCACGUAUUACACAGCAAGCCAGCACUCUACCGAGACAUCAGUAAAAAUGCCCAUUUGGGCUUUAAGCCUUUCCUCUACUGGACCUUCUUAGGAUUUUUUCAUGCAUUUGUUUUCUUCUUUGGCUCCUAUCUUCUGAUGGGAAAAGACACUUCAUUGCUAGGAAAUGGCCAGAUGUUUGGAAAUUGGACCUUUGGUACUCUGGUCUUCACAGUCAUGGUUAUAACAGUUACAAUGAAGAUGGCAAUAGAGACUCACUUUUGGACUUGGAUAAAUCAUUUUGUUACUUGGGGGUCCAUUGUGUUUUACUUCAUCUUUUCCUUAUUCUAUGGUGGAAUAAUCUGGCCAUUUUUGCAUACCCAAGACAUGUACUUUGUAUUUGUUCAGUUGUUGUCCAGCGGCUCUGCUUGGUUUGCCAUAAUCAUCAUAGUUGUCACUUGUUUAUUUCUUGAUGUUGUGAAAAAAGUGUUGUACAGACACCUGCAGCCCACAAGUACAGAAAAAGCCCAGAUGUACUCCAGCAGAGUUGCUUUAAGUGACGAAUGCAUCGCACUACAGCCAUUGUCCAGGGCAACGAGUCAGCUGAGCAAAAUUAGCUUACUGAGACAGGUCCAGGUAUCAACUGCUUGGAGUCCAUGUGUUGCCUCUCAGAUGGGGAACCAGCCUGCACAUCUCUUAGAAGAAUGUUGGAACGAAUAAUGGGACGAUGCAGCCCAACCCGAGUCAACAGAUCAUGGAGCUCUACGGAACCUUUCUGUACCAGCGACCGAAGCUUCUUGACGUUAUCCACAAUGGACUCAAUUACUUGAGACUUUUCUCAGUGCCUUGUGGAAAUCCAUGACAUCUUUGUUGUAGCAAAUCUGCCACCCCCUUACAGCAUCUUAUUUCAAUGUCAUGGGCAGGUUCAUAUAUUGAAAGAAAAGGAAGAUUUAAGCUUGGUAUUUGCCACAAACUCUGUUGAAAAACUGAUCAUUGAAGUUGAAACAUUAACAUUGUUUAGAUGGAUACUCUUAAUUUUCCAUGGUCAUAUUAAUCAAGAAAAUAAUAAUAUGCUAGAAUCUCUUCAGAAAAGAGAUUGCUUUGGUUCCCAGAUAUCCACAACUAAUGAUCAAAAUAUGAAUGGUGUUGCUAAAUUGAGAAACCAUAACCUCCUUCUCCACAAGCUGAAUAGAUCCUCCUUCAUAAAUUGUCUUAGCUAAAUCUGAAAGAUUUUGAACAUGGAAAAAAAAAUCUUAAGGAAGCUGUUAAAUAAAUUAGCUUUAUUUCUGGACAUUCAUGAUUCCAAUUUGAGGAAAGGGAUACUUUUUGGGGUAUUACUUUUCUUUUCCCCCCACCCCCAACUAUGUAUUUAAUCAUAUUAUACUCUUGUUGAGAGCACUUAAGAAUUCUCCCUGAUUUUGCAGGGGCGGCAAAAAUACACAGCAGCGCAUGUACAUAGUUUAUAUCGAAUGAACUGCAUGCUGUUCAGGACAAUAAACGAGAUUAUGGCCUUGGCAUAAAGAAGUUGCGUCUUUCAAUUCUCGAUCUAAAUCGAACAGUGCUUGUGGGCCAAAUGCCACAAAAGGAGACUGAAAGCCAUAACCCCCGUCUCUCCUUCCCACAUUUUUCCAAUAAUGUAUUGGAGGGAGACGAAAAAGCACUGCAUUUGCUAUUGACACUCCAGGCCCACAUCUGUGGCUGCAGAGAACAUGUCAUUGAGCACUUUUUUUUCUUUUUCUUUUUUUUGCCGGCAGUGAUUUUCAUGAUGCAAGAUUGCUUCUCUGGGUACCUGCAGAUCAGUUAUAAGGUCAUCUUUCCCACCCCAAGAUUUGGGAGGCAGCUGCCCCAUCCUUGUGGGUGCCUGCUUCCAAAAAUUAACCAGUUUUCAUAAACUCCACUGUGUAACACUCUGAACUGGCCAUAUACUUGCAUGGCUUUUAGGAAUGGCAACUACUUUUAUGUUAUUUUCCCCCAUUAUGAGCAGAGAGGAUGAUUCAGUAUGACAGUGUUUUUCAAACUUGGGAACUUUAAGAUGUGUGGACUUCAACUCCCAGAAUUCCCCAGUCAGCAUGCUGGCUGGGGAGUUCUGGGAAUUGAAAUCCACACACCUUAAAGUUACCAAGUUUGAAAAUCACUGCAAUAUGACAGUAGCCUUCUGACAGAGUGCCAUUCAAGGGCAUGGACAAAGCAGAACUUUUCAGGGAGUUGCCUCUUACGAUCAGCAGCCUGCACUUGCAUCAGUGUGUGUGAAGUACUUCCCUUAUGCCAAACAUUAUUUACUUGUUUUAUUUCUAUCCUGCCUUUCUACCCAGAGUUCUUAUUUAAAGGAGCGCCAUUUCAUCACUGUCAUAUAUCAUGCAUAUCCAUCAUUUCCAUUCUGGUUUGUCUUUUUUUUUCUCCCCCAAAAUGAAUUGUUAAAGAAUCCAAAUUGAAAAAUUAUCAAACUCCAAGCAUUUAUUAAAAUCCAUGUCAUACGAUUAAUAUUUCCACUUUGGUUUUGUAUGACGUUAGAACUGACCUCUUUUUGUCCACAGAAAGAUGAAUUGACUUAUUCGAAGAUGAACUGACUAUCAUAUUUUUUUAAACUUCCCAUUUCUUUCUCCUCCCUCCUCAGUGUAUGUAAGGGUGCAGAAGAAGCAUACAUUUAAACAAAUUCAGGAAGAGUUUAAGAAUCCAUCUGUCCAAGCCGGGUAUCAUUUUCUGUCUAAGGGGCAAAAGUAACAACAGAGUGAAGACGUGCUUCCUUCUCCUGUUUGUUGUUCUAUGACCAGCAAGACUGGGGUCAAAUGGAAGGAAAGCAGAUGUAUUUUACAUCGGAUCACAAUAACUUUCAUCAUUUCUUUCUAUGAAUGUAUGUGUAUUUUAGUAACUCAUUAUGUUUAUUUCUAGGUUGAGUAUUAGGCCAAAACACAUUGCAGAGCAAAGAAAAGCAAAUGUAGGAGCUCAUGUGAAAUUAAUGAGUUAUAUCAGAUUAGGUGAUAUUAUUAUAACAGUUGAGAUAAGCCAAGGAAGGAAAUAGGCUGAUUUUCCUUCAUUACAUUUUGUAGGGGAGAUGGGAUAUGUUCUUUAAGUCUUUCCAGGGCCUGGAGAGUGUAUAAAGAAAAGAAUGUAACUUUUUUUUCCAAGUCCAGUAACUUUGUGGACAUGGACAGGUAAUUUUCUUGGCAGCUAUACAAAAAAUGGAUUGCCACUGACAUUUUCUGGAAUAGUUUUUCACCAUCCCAGUCCAGGCUACCACUCUGGUAACAUCAUGCCCACUUAAUGUUUUGCUCCACUGCUUUCCUGAGCUGCAGACUCUGCUAUUCUAAAUUAAGAUGUCAUGGGUGAGAUGUUCAUAGAAGAGUCUUGUCCUGGUGAACAAGUGAAGCAUCUUACACAUAGUGCAUGGAAGUGUAGAGGAUUCAGGACAGAAGGAGCUCAAGACAGCCCUUGACAGUGAUGUCAGUGGAGAACUCUGGAAGUACAUCAGAUCUCUGUUGCGCUCAGCAGUUUCUACAUCAGUUGCAGGAGGGGAGGUUAAGUGGUUCAAAAAGCCGCCAUCUCCAUGCUCACUGAAAAUGAAGCAAGUCACAUUUUUCUUUCUGCCAUAAGAUGGCCCAGUAUAGAUUGGCUCUAGGUGAGAUCUUCAUGUCUCAAGUACAUGAAAAGUCUCCUGAUUUCAACCCCAAUUUGUACAGAGUGUGUGAGAAUCACAUUUCCAUUAUGAGGUAGUUUUUCAGUGGGUGCCCUCCAGGUUCUGGAGUAUGUUCUGCGCCACUCUCUUGGGUGGAAGAAGUGGAAGGUUCUGAAAAAUGUUUGUCUAAUUUUUGGUAACUAAAAUCUGUGGUACUUUUACCUUGGGAGACUUCGUGUCUGUUUCAUCUCAGCUGCUGGCAGUGUGGCAUUCAGCGGAUUGAAUUGCUGUACACCUCAGUAUAAUUUAAUUAGAAGGAAUGGAAAGGAGAUGUCCUCCCUUCACGAUAACCUGUAAUAAUCAGGCCGUGUUGCUUUUGUAGAAUGUACAGGGUGCAGUGCAUGCCAUUCCUGAAGACUCAAGAGAUUGACCAGAUUUAAGACCCUCUAUUUCAACGAGGCAUGGUGUCAUUUCAUGUAGAACAAAAGGGUUGGCAAUGGAUGGGGACUGACCAUCCUCCAGCAUGUAGUUGUUUAGAAGAAGAAAUUUAGGAUUGACGUCUGUCCCCAGAUUCAGCCACCAUAUGUACACAAAACUCCCAUUAUAAAUCACUCAGUUAAGGAACUCACUUAUCUGCCCCUUGAUCCUAUAGAGACUGAUGCCUCCUAAAAUUCAAUCCAUUGUCCUUGCAACUAAAAGGGUACUAACUUCCCACCUGCAAAAUGGAUGUCAAGUUAAAUUUGUUCCACAUGAUAUUCAGGUGCUAGACAUUUGGAAGAAUUUCUAGAUGGCAAGAACUGCCAGCCAAUGAAUAGACUGUCCUAUGAAGACUUUUCACUGGAGGCCUUCAAAUGGGCUGGACCAUCAUCUGUCCCAAAGGCUUUAGCAGUUCCUGCACCAAGUAAAGGGCUGAAUUAAAUGACCUUUGAGAUUCCUUCCAACCCUAUAAUUCUAUUGUUUUAUUUCGGUAUGUCCUAUUAAGAAAGGGCUGUUAUAAAUUUUGAUUAGUUUGGCACUUUAAAUAAAGUCAUAUAUGGAAGUGCAGCUGAACUUGUAUAAACUCUGUCAAUAAAACAACCUCACACAAGAAAAAGAUGCAUUUUAGAUUGCUAAACAUUGGCCAGCGAUCCAAAGAAACAUAAGUGUACCUUUUUUAAUUCUAAGUUUUUUUUAGGGUAAAAGGAAUUUGCAUUUGUUUAAAAAUAAUACUCCAGAUUUUCUGUGUUUAACAAGUGAUCAGAAACUUAAUUGUAAAACUUCAAUGUUCAGGCAUAUUCAGUCAUUUCAGUACUGGGUUUAUAUGUCCAGUAAUAAGACAAUUCUCAUGAAAUGAAGUUACACCCAAUUUAUCAGAUUGGCAGCAUACAUAGGUGUAUUUUGUUUUUAAGUAUUAUAUCUCUUGUUCAAUUUUGUGCAUAGGGUUAUUGGCAAGAUUGCUUUCUUGAAUGUUAAGAUUUUGUCUCUAUUUCAGUGAUUAAUAUUAGCUAAGUAACAUGAGUUGCUCGUCUGAAAAUUGGAUUGGUUCAGCUGCUUGGUUUGGUCUUCUGUAGGCACAGAUGAACUGUCCAUCACCGAUCUGAAGUAUACCUCAAGCUAAACCACAGUGUGCUAGUUUUGUUGAACAAUUCACAAUUGUUGGGCAUCCCACAAUAACAUAAACUGUGGCUGAGUAUGAUGCUUGAAUCCAGACCUCUAAGCCAUGCAGCUGUCCUGCUUCUGCUGAAUUCUUCCUAUACCAUUGGCUUCAUAUAGGAAUCUGUAGGUCUUUGGCUACAAAUAAAUUGAUUUAGAACUGCACUUGGAGUGGGUCAGUGGUCCAAAAUAUAUGUUAUAUGGAGAAAUACUCGGGUUCAAUACCAGCUUCACCAGGUAGUGUUGGAAUAGACUCCGCUGAAACUUGAGAAUUCAACUGCUGGAAUAUUAGUAGGUAGUCCUCACUUAACAACCACAACAGGGACCGGCAACUCCAUCAUUAAGCGAUGCAGUCAUUAAGUAAAACACAUACCAGAUUUACGAUGUAAGUUUAGCUGCAGUCAUUAAAUGAAUCACCUAAGCUGAUUGAGACAUCACAUGACCGCAACUUGCAAUUUCACUGCCUGCUUCUCCAUUGACUUUGUCUGAAGCUGGCUGUGAAGAUUGCGAAUGGGGAUCACAUGACUGUGGGAUGCUGCAACCGUCAUAAAUGUGCACUGGUUGCAAAGUACCCAAAUGAUUAUGUGACCACAUGGACGCUACAACAGCUAUAAGCUCAAGGACUGGUCAUAAAGUCACUUUUUCAGCACUGUCAUAACUUCAGUCACUAAACAGGGCAGUCGUUAACUGAGGACUACCUGUAUGGGGACAAAUGCUUUGAUGUGUUAUAGGACAGUUUCUUUUAAUAUAUAUUGUCACUGUGAUAACCCUACUAAUGAAACUCUCACAGGUGCAAUAUGGAGAUUGCAGUUUUUGGACAUGCUAAAGAUCCCCAAUCCUUCUAGAACAGAUCCACUAGAGCAGCUGAAGUAGAAGGCGUGAUUGCAAAGCUGCUUUUAAUUCUUAAUGGUGGAUGGAAUUAAAGGUAGACCCUAGCUCUACAGGCCAAGCUGGUUAUAUCGCUAUGAUUUAAAAAAACGCAGUAAUGUAGAGAUUGCAGCUGCUUUGCACAUGUCCUUUUUUCUUCUGUGUUUUAGAGAUGCUUGAGAUGAAUGCUGAGGCCCUGGCAAGCGGGCUUAAACAAAUGCUUUAAAACUUCAUCCUGGGCUUCAUCUAUAGGCAGUAACAUGCUUAAGUCUGUGGUUUUAUGUGUAUUUAAUCGGAGUAGCUUCCAUUGAACAUAAUCAUACUUAAUUUGGGGAAAAACAUACAGGAUAAUGCUUUAAUUAAUGAAUUGAUUUCAGCAAGAUAUAACUCACUGUCACCAGAUUAGAGCCAAAUGUCUGGUUUUAAGGAAACCCAACAUAAUAAACAGUACUAAUUUUUGUACUUUCAUAAUGAAUGGCCAUUAUUUUUGAGAGAUCUGUGUCAUUUUAGUAGCAGAUUGAGAGAUGUACACACUCCUUUGUUUAGAAAAUUCUAUAUUUUUAAAUUUUAGAUUGCAAAUGAGAUGCUGUUCCCACUAUGCCAAAGAUGGCUUCCUAAAAUGUGCUUGAUUGAUUCUGUCCUUAUGCUCAUGAAGAAUGAACCAUAAUGAUUAUCUGUUUUAAACGAGCAUGAUUGGGUUAACUGGUCUUAAAUUUUGGAAAGACUCCUGAAUAUUCCUGUUGGGAGGAUACAAAGUGCACUCCCUCUUCUUCUGAAUUGCUUUGGCUCAAGUUGUGCGCGUGGAGGGAGCAGAACCAUCUGGAAGCCAGAGCAAUAUCUGGUCUCAAGGACUCUUGACUGCAGACACUCUGGCCACCCACCAUCAUUUUGAGAUGCUUUCUGGCAACAGAGUUGAAUACAGCUUCCUGUACUGCUAUGUCAAUAAGUUGUUAUACAAAAAUUUAUGGAAAUUAUAUUUAUUGAAUAAAACCUUUGACUUUUAA